AUGUCUUCUGAUAUUGAGGGCUCUCAUGCCUCUGAGCUUCAGGAUCCAGUUAUUUUAGCCAAAUUUGCUGAUACAUUGAAGGAUUUCAAACAAAACAAUACUAAAGAUGUUUUUGAUAUUGUUAAAGAAUAUAGAUCAAUAGCUGCUUCAAAAGCUUACGAGGUAGCAUCAGAUGAAGAUUCGAAAGUGGAAUAUCAAAAUUGGGAAUUAGAAGCUAAACUUUGGCAUCUUGUUGAUUUGUUGAUUAGUUAUCGUAAUUCUGAAAAAGCUGAAAUGGUACCAACAUAUACAUUCAGUUCCAAUAUUGUUCAUGAAAAAAACUUCUAUACAGAAAGUGAUAAAUUAGGUGAAAUAUGGUUACUUAUAUUAUGGAUACAAGAAGGUGCAUUAGAGCCUGAAAGACCGAAUUUGUCAACUUCAAAGUGGCUAAAUACACAAUUGUCCAAUACACUAGAGAAUUUAGAUAGUGAUGCUUCGUUACGUCUUAAUAAACCAAUCAAUCCAAAAGAUCAAGAAGAAGAUACUGUGUUUUUCAAGUAUGUGUUUGAAUUAAUGCUUGCAGGAAGAUUUGAUGAAGCACAAGCUGAAUGCACAAGAACAAAUAAUUGGACUUUAAGAAUGAUAUUGGCAGGAUUGAAUGAAUUUUUAGACCCUGUUGUUGAUAAACAAAUGAGUGAAUUAGACGAAAAAACACAAGGUAUCAAAAGAAAAGCUCUUUGGAGAAGAACUGUAUAUUUACUUUCUAAAAACGAAGGGCUUAAUGAAUAUGAACGAGCAAUUUAUGGAUAUUUAAUUGGUGACUUAAGUCCAUUGAAGUUAACAAAUACUUGGGAUUCACAACUUUUGGUUUAUUUGAAUCACAUUUUAACAAGUGAAAUUGAAAGCACAUUAAUUGAUAAUGGUAAAAUUAAUAAUGAAGAUUUAAUUUUAACAAUCCCAAGAAGUGAGUUAUCGGUUCAAGAUGUUUUAAAUUCUGUAUCACAAAGAUUAAAAGAUGAAAGUGAACAUCCAUUACGUGUCCUUAUAGCUUCAGUAAUAUCAAACAAAAUAAGUCCAAUCAUUCACUCAUCAUUAAGUCUUGUUGGAAGUGUUAUGCUGGGUAUUGAAGAAUCAAAUGAAAUUUUUUCAGAGCCAUAUGCUUUAAGAGUUGUGACACAUUUAGCAAUCUUCAUUUCAUUAUUACAUCCAGAUGCAGUUAGUAAUGAGGAUAAAUUCAAAUUAUUGACUACAUAUAUAUUAAUUCUUAGAUUAUAUGAACAAUAUGAAUUAAUUCCGAUUUAUAUUUCAUUUUUAACCGAAACUGAAGCAAGAGAUGUUUAUUCAUUAUUUUUAAUUGAUUUGUUUGAUCCAGAAGAAAGAUCUAACCAGUUAAAAUUAAGCAGACAAUACAAUUUACCAUUAGAAAAUAUCUUAAAGAGAACCGUGGAAAGAGUUUUCAGCACUACAGAAGAACACUAUCAAAUCAAUUCAGGUGUGACUUUACAAGAAACGGAUGAAAUUGAUAACAAAUUGAUCAGAGGUGUUGAAUGGUUCAUUGAAGCUAAGAUGUAUUCUGAUGCUAUUCAUGCAAGUAUUUCACUAUUUAGAAGAUUUCUCUUAACAGGUAGAACAAAGGCAGCUGAAGAAUUCGCAUCGAGAAAUCCAUUACCACAACUGUUGAAAAAUUAUGAUGUUGAACAAUAUGGUGUUCUUGCUGAUGAAACAGUUUCAGAUAAUGAAAGAAAUGAAUUAUUACAGUAUGAUGCAUUAAUUAGAGGUCUUUCAAGUAUAAAUGCUUUUGCUAAUAGACCUAAAGUUAAUGGUCCAAUCGCUAAUAUUGAAUAUAUCAACACAAUUGUACAACAAUUACAUUCAUUAAUUGAGUCAUUAUUUCUGGAAUUAUCAUAUACUGAUUAUGAAACCCAAAUCAUUCAAGAAUUACGUUCUUUAUAUAUACCAUAUUUGAUUAUUCAAUUGCACAACAUUUACGUUGAUGGUAGAAAAUAUAGAAACUCAUAUCUUAAAGAUGCAUUAGAUUUGGUUAAUGUUGUUGCAAGUGAAAGUUCUAAAUUUUAUACAUUAUUUCAAAAUUGUGGUAGAUUGCAGGAGUAUUUGAAACUUAUUGCUGAUUGUGCUGCAUUGGCUGCUGAUGAUGGUUAUUAA